GAGGCUUCCGGAGAACUAGAUAACUCUUCCACCGAGUCUGCAGGAACUGACUCUACUUCUACAUGUAAUCUCGGACUUCACUCUGUGCGGCGAAUCUGCCGUUGCGACACCGGGGCCAGGUGUCCCAAGACAGAGAUUUGUGGAAUCUGCUGCGGGGAGGAGGAGGCCGGGGUUCCUUGGGUCGUACUGUCAUGGCGGCCACGGCCCCCAGUGCUGGGGGCUCCGCUUCGCAGGCGGCGGGCUCCACGGAGGCCCCGCUGCAGUACAGCCUUCUUCUGCAACACCUGGUGGGUGACAAGCGUCAGCCUCGCCUCCUGGAACCUGGGAGUCUGGGCGGCAUCCCGAGUCCAGUCAAGAGUGAGGAGCAGAAGAUGAUCGAGAGAGUGAUGGAAAGCUGCGCCUUCAAGGCGGCGCUGGCCUGCGUGGGAGGGUUUGUCUUGGGAGGUGCAUUUGGGGUAUUCACCGCUGGCAUUGAUACCAAUGUGGGUUUUGAUCCCAAGGAUCCUUACCGAACACCAACAGCGAAAGAAGUUCUUAAAGACAUGGGACAGAGAGGAAUGUCCUACGCCAAAAAUUUUGCCAUUGUGGGCGCCAUGUUUUCUUGCACUGAGUGUUUGGUGGAAACCUACCGGGGAAAAUCAGACUGGAAGAACAGUGUCAUUGGUGGCUGCAUCACUGGAGGAGCUAUUGGUUUUCGAGCUGGUUUAAAGGCAGGGGUCAUUGGCUGUGGAGGUUUUGCUGCUUUUUCUGCUGCAAUUGACUACUACCUACGAUGAAACUAAUAGCCUCCUGGGAAGGAUGCCACCAGCCUAGGAUCUGUGUGUUUUGUGGAGAGCACUUUCUGCAGUACACCAGGACACUUCUUCAGAGACUAAAGAUGUUUUCCCUCAUGUGCUUGGUGUCAUGAGGGAGCUGCCUGGCUGCCUUUUCCCUCCAGCCUCUGGGCACCCACACUCUCUGUUGCCCCUGGACUUCAUUCAGCCAGGCUGUAUGGAGUAUGGGGCCCUGCCAGCCUGUCUCCUUUGUGCAAUCAGGAGACAAUGUUUUGAUGGACUUGUAGGAAUUAAACUCCACAAAUGUUUAAA